AUGAUUAAAAAUGAUGAAUGCUCUAUUUUAGGAGAAGUCAUAAAUUUUGAAAAUAUAUAUGAGUUAAUGAAUGUUGAGGAAAAAAAUACAUUAGUUAUUUUAGAAGAAAAAAUAAAUAAUUUUCUUUUAGGUUAUUAUAAAAAUUUUGAAAGAUUAACUAUAAGAGAAUUAGAAGAAUUAAAUAAUUUUUUAAAUAUAAUAAUAAAAAAAUUUAUAGAAGAAAAAAGAACCUUGUUAGUGAACAUUUUGUUGAUACAUUUUCAAAAUAUACCUAGUUCAUUUAUAAAUGUAAAAUUAAAAGACAAUAUAUUUUAUAUUGAAGAAAUUAAAAAAUUUUUUUUAUCAAUAUUAGACUUAAGUUCAUAUUUAAAGAAAUGCAAAAAUGAUAAUUCAGAAAAAAUCAAUUCUUUAAUUACAUCAAUAAUAAAUUUUUUAAAUUUAUUCCUAGUAGACACAUUAAAAUUAAUAGGAUCGAAUGUUUAUAAAGAUUUUUAUAUUAGAAUAAUAAUAGAUAGUAGAAUUUUAGAAAUAUUUAAUAAUUUAUAUUUUGAUCAAGAAUUAGAAAAUGAAAAAAUUAUCCAUAGUUUACUUUUAUUAACGGAAUUUAAAGAAUUUGAUGAUGAAAUAUGUAAAUGUGAUAUUAUAAAAUUAUUUAUCAAUCUACUUUCCACUAACAUAUAUACCAAUUAUUUAAUUAUACAAAUAAUAAUAAAUGUUGUUAAUAGAAAUAUAAAAAUUAUUAAACUUUUAAUACAUGAUGAAAUAGAACUUAUUAACAACAUUUUAGAAAAAAUAUAUAUAAGUAUAAAAAGAGAAUGCUAUGAUUUUACAUGUAUAAACCUGUUAAAAUUAUUUUCUUAUAUUAUAGAAGGAAAUUGUUUUGAUAAGCUAAUUUUUUUUGAUGAACAUUAUUAUUUAAAUAAUAGUGGAAUUAUAUUUUUUAGUACAUUAUAUAAUAUAAUAGAACAUAUUAGAAGUCUAAUUAAAUUUCAUAAUAUAAUGAAUAUUUUAGAAGAAAAAAAUGAAUUAUUUUAUGAUUUUAUUUGCAUUUUAUUUUGCGUUUUAAGAAAUUUAAUAGAAUUAAUAAUUAACCCACAUAAAAAAAUAAUUUUUAGAUCUAUUAAUGAAAAUUCAGAUGAAAAUAAAAAAUAUAAGGUUAAUGUAGAAAAAGAAAAAAAGAUGUUACAUUUAUUAUGUUUUGAUAUUAUUAAUGGUGUGAAUAGCAGUUCCUUGACUGAAAUAAUAGAUUGCACUACGUUAACUGAAAAAAUAAUAAAAAAAAUACAAAAUAUGAAAGACAAAAAUAUGCAUAAUAAAUAUUUAUAUGUAAAGUAUUUAGAAUCUUUAUUUUAUAUUAGUUUAAAUAAUGAAAGAGUAUCUAAGGAAACAUUAAAAGAAAAUUUUAUCAUAAAUAUAGAAGAGAAUUUUUAUAAAAUAAAUAAGGAUACAAAACAUAAAAAUUUAAAAAAUUUAGAAUUGGAUAAUUUAUUAAAACUUUAUUAUUUUGGUAUUAUAAAUAUUUUUGUAAAAAAUAAUUUGACAUCAGAAAUUAUUUUGCCUUUUGUUAAUUAUGUUAUUUUAGAAGAAUUAAAAAGGAAAAAUUUUCUAUUACAAAAUGAGUUAUACUACUUGGUAUUUCUGCAGUUUUUAAAUAUUAUUAUAAUAAAUAACUUAUAUGAAUUUAGAAAAUUUAUUGAAAAUGAUUUAUUAGAAGAUUUACUAAAAAUAUUUAAAAUUAGUAGUUUCCACUUAAAAAUUAUGAUAUUAAAAAUUUUAAUACAAUGGGUAGAGAAAAAAGUAAUUUUAGAAGAGAUAAAAAAUUAUUUAAAUAAAAAUAAGAUGAUAUUUAAAGUUUUAUUAGAGUUCUGGAAGGAAAUACAAAACAUGAAUAACGGAAUUAGAAAUCUAAAUUUAGAAAUCAAUGAACUUAACAAUAUUAGAUCUAUAAUAUAUUAUAUAUUUAAGAUACUCACAAAUAACUUUACAAAAGGUCUAAAUUAUUUUUCAAAAAAUGAAGAAUUUUUAUAUUAUUUCAGAUGCAUAAUGAUUUUUGAAGAAAAAUCUAUUUUAGAUAUAUACAAUUCAAUAAUGAAUCAAACUAAUACCAAAGAAUUAGUAGUGUUGGAAAAUGAUAAACUCAUUUUGAAUGGUAAAAUAGAAAAGUGUAAAGCAAAAAUUGAAAAUAUUGAAAAAAAGUUUCACAUUAUAAUAAAUUUAAAAGAUAAAAAAAAUAUUAAUAACUUAGAAAAUUUUUAUAAUUAUGUAAGAGGACAGCAUGAAUGA